AUGGGCAAAAACGGCAUCUUCGGCCAGUUGAGAGGCAUCGAUGCCUUCUCAAAGACCAUGGAUGAUGUGCGCAUCCGAACCAACGCGGGUGCGCUCAUCACGCUCAUUUCGGCGCUCCUGAUCGUGGUGCUCACUAUCGGCGAGUUUGUCGACUACCGCACGGUUCACCUCAAGCCGGCGUUGGAAGUGGAUCGAUCUCGAGGCGAAAAGCUGACGGUCAACAUGAACAUCACCUUCCCACGUGUACCCUGCUACCUGCUCUCGCUGGAUGUGAUGGACAUCUCGGGUGAGCACGUCAACGAUAUCCAGCACGACAUCGAGAGGACACGCAUCAGCCACGACGGCAGGGUGGUUGAGCAGGGCAAAAAGUCGCUAAAGGGUGAGGCAGCCCGCAUCGCCAAUACCAGGGGCAAAGAUUACUGCGGCGACUGCUACGGUGGUCAACCACCUGCAAGCGGAUGCUGCAACACGUGCGACGAGGUGCGUGAAGCUUAUGUGAGGAAAGGCUGGAGUUUCGCCGAUCCGGACCACGUCGAUCAGUGCGUCGCCGAAGGCUGGUCCGAAAAGAUCAAGGAGCAGAAUCAGGAGGGGUGCCGCAUCUCGGGCAAGCUGCACGUCAACAAGGUGGUCGGUAGCUUCCACCUGUCUCCAGGCAAGGCGUUCCAGCGCAACAGCAUGCACGUUCACGACCUCGUCCCUUACCUCUCCGGCACCGGCGCAGAGCACCACGACUUUGGACACAUCAUCCACGAGUUCAGCUUUGGCUCCGAACAGGAGUACCACGGCCUGACCACCGCCAAAGAGCGUGCCGUCAAGAACAAGCUGGGCGUCAAGGAUCCACUGGAAGGGGUACGUGCCCACACAUCGCAGACUCAGUUCAUGUUCCAGUACUUUGUCAAGGUCGUCUCGACCGAGUUCCGACCGCUGUCAGGCGAGACGCUCAAGACGCAGCAGUACUCGGUCACGACCUACGAACGCGACCUGUCGCCCGGAGCCAACGCCGCCGCGCUCGCAGGAAUGUCGAACGAAGGAUCCGGAGCACAAAUCUCGCAUGGCUUCGCCGGCGUACCAGGCGUGUUUUUCAAUUACGAGAUCUCUCCGCUCAAAACGAUUCACUCGGAGUACCGACAGUCGCUCUCGCACUUCUUGACGUCGACCUGCGCCAUCGUGGGUGGUAUCUUGACGGUCGCUGGCAUUUUGGACAGCCUGGUUUACAACUCGAGAAGAAGGCUCGGCAUGAGGGAUGGCAACGAUCACGACGCAAGGGAGGGGCUGGGAUACACCAGCAAGACGGGCAAAUUCCUGUGA